GUGCAUGGUGCAGCCGUCGAGGCUGCAGCUUGGCGCUCCUCGAAUUUGUCGUGCUGGUCGUGCCAUGCAGCAGGUGCACAAAUGACAGCGGCCAUGCAGCAGGGCAAGUGUGGUGCCCUGAAAGCUGCGAUGGCAAAGGAACAGGACGUGCUCGACUUUCUGGUCGACCUCCUGUCCCUGAGGCAGCCUGCAGUGACGCAGGCCGUGGCGGCGGCGAUCGUCUGCGGGCCGCUGCUCUUCCAGCUGCACGUGCUGGCAGAGCGCCACCGGUACAUGAAUAGACCCCAGAGCAUCUGGGAGAUUCUCAUGAUGGAUGUCGAGAACAAUGGGCGGCCGCCUUUGUCGUGGCGCUGCUUCUGUGAUGUGCAUACGUGCAGGAAGCGUGUAGCCAUGAUAUGGCGUGUGCCAAAGGCUCGUGCCAAGGCCGGAGGACGUCGAUGCCAUGCAGGACCAGGGUUCACGAUCUAG